AUGAAUGCCCACACCAAGGAGAUGGUGCCCCUCAUGGGCAGAAAAGCCACCGUCACCAGUGGGAACCAAGUCGUCCUACAGGAGAAGAGGCCGGCAGAGAUCACACCCACUAAGAAGAGCGCACACUUCUUCCUGGAGAUAGAAGGGUUUGAGCCCAACCCCACUGUCGCCAAGACCUCUCCUCCCAUCUUCUCCAAGCCGAUGGAUUCCAACAUCCGGCAGUGCCUCUCUGGCAACUGUGAUGACAUGGACUCCCCACAAUCUCCUCAGGAUGAUGUGGCAGAGACCCCAUCCAACCCCAACAGUCCCAGUGCAAACCUGGCUAAAGAAGAGCAGAGGCGGAGAAAGAAGAGGCUGAAGAAGUGCCUCUUCGCGGCCGUGUCCGAGGGCUGCGUGGAGGAGCUGGUGGAGCUGCUGGUGGAGCUGCAGGAGCUUUGCAGGAGGCGCCGCAACCUGGACGUGCCCGACUUCCUCAUGCACAAGCUGACGGCCUCCGACACCGGGAAGACCUGCCUGAUGAAGGCCUUGCUCAACAUCAACCCCAACACCAAGGAGAUCGUGCGGAUCCUGCUCGCCUUUGCCGACGAGAACGACAUCCUGGACAGGUUCAUCAACGCCGCGUACACCGAGGAGGCCUACGAAGGGCAGACGGCGCUGAACAUCGCCAUCGAGCGGCGGCAGCGAGACCUCACCGCGCUGCUCAUCGCGGCCGGCGCCGACGUCAACGCCCACGCCAAGGGGGUCUUCUUCAACCCCAAGUACCAGCACGAGGGCUUCUACUUCGGCGAGACGCCCCUGGCCUUGGCAGCGUGUACCAACCAGCCCGAGAUCGUGCAGCUGCUGAUGGAGAACGAGCUGACAGACAUCACCUCGCAGGACUCCCGGGGCAACAACAUCCUCCACGCCCUGGUGACGGUGGCCGAAGACUUCAAGACACAGAACGACUUCGUCAAGCGCAUGUAUGACAUGGUCUUGCUGAGGAGUGGCAACUGGGAGCUGGAGACCAUGCGCAACCGUGACGGCCUCACCCCGCUGCAGCUGGCCGCCAAGAUGGGCAAGGCCGAGAUCCUGAAGUACAUCCUCGGUCGUGAGAUCAAGGAGAAGCCACUCCGGAGCUUGUCCAGGAAGUUCACCGACUGGGCAUAUGGGCCCGUUUCAUCCUCGCUCUACGACCUCACCAAUGUAGAUACCACAACCGACAACUCGGUGCUGGAAAUCAUUGUCUACAAUACCAACAUUGACAACCGGCACGAGAUGCUGACCCUGGAGCCCCUGCACACGCUGCUGCGUAUCAAGUGGAAGAAGUUUGCCAAGUACAUGUUCUUCCUGUCCUUCUUCUUUUACUUCUUCUACAACAUCACGCUGACGCUCAUCUCCUACUACCGACCCCGGGAGGAGGAGGCCCUGCCACACCCCUUGGCCCUGACGCACAAGAUGGGGUGGUUGCAGCUCCUGGGAAGGAUGUUUGUGCUCAUCUGGGCCAUGUGCAUCGCAGUGAAGGAGGGCAUCGCGAUCUUCCUGCUGAGACCCUCAGAUCUGCAGUCCAUCCUCUCGGAUGCCUGGUUUCACUUUGUCUUUUUUGUCCAAGCUGUGCUUGUGAUACUGUCUGUCUUCUUGUACUUGUUUGCCUACAAAGAGUACCUCGCCUGCCUCGUGCUGGCCAUGGCCCUGGGCUGGGCGAACAUGCUCUACUACACGCGGGGGUUCCAGUCCAUGGGCAUGUACAGCGUCAUGAUCCAGAAGGUCAUUUUGCAUGAUGUUCUGAAGUUCUUGUUUGUAUAUAUCGUGUUCUUACUUGGAUUCGGAGUAGCCCUGGCUUCGCUGAUUGAGAAGUGUCCCGAGGACAACAAGGAAUGCAGCUCCUACGGCAGCUUCAGCGACGCUGUGCUGGAACUCUUCAAACUCACCAUCGGCCUGGGCGACCUGAACAUCCAGCAGAACUCCAAGUACCCCAUCCUCUUCCUGUUCCUGCUCAUCACCUACGUCAUCCUCACCUUCGUCCUCCUCCUCAACAUGCUCAUCGCCCUCAUGGGGGAGACCGUGGAGAACGUCUCCAAGGAGAGCGAACGCAUCUGGCGCCUACAGAGAGCCAGGACGAUCUUGGAGUUUGAGAAGAUGUUGCCGGAAUGGCUGCGGAGCAGGUUCCGGACGGGAGAGCUGUGUAAAGUGGCGGAGGAAGAUUUCCGGCUAUGUCUGCGGAUCAACGAGGUGAAGUGGACUGAAUGGAAAACACAUGUCUCCUUCCUCAACGAAGAUCCCGGGUCUGUGAGACGGGCAGCAGAUUUCAACAAAAUCCAAGAUUCUUCCAGGAGCAACAGCAAAACCACCCUCAAUGCGUUCGAAGAAAUAGAGGAGUUUCCGGAAACUUCCGUGUAG